CUGCCCGCCGCUUACUCGACUCACCCACCUGCCAUGAAGCUUCUGCUGGUUGUUUGCGCCGUGCUGGCGGUCGCCGCGGCGAGGCCGGGCUACCUGGGCGGAGCGGCCGGCUACUACGGCGCCCCAGCCCUGGCGUACGGCGGCUACGGCGGGUACGCCGCCUACGGCCCGGCGUUCGUCGCCGUGGGUCCCGGCGGGUACCUCGUGGACACCCCUGAAGUGGCCGCCGCGCGCAGCGCCCACUUCGCCGCCGUCGCCGAAACCAAGGCGCGCGACGCCGCCGUCAACGCCGCCGACGCCGCCCACGCAGGCUACGGCGCCUACGGGCUGGGGUACGGCCUUCAAGGGCUCGGCUACGGAUACCACCACUGAUGCUCCGCCUGCGGCCUCAUCUGACACCCCACACACUUGUACACCACUCACCUGUACACACUAACUUAUAAAUAACUGUACAUUUCUGUAUGUGGAAGUUUGUUUUAUCUGUAUCAUAGCUAAUAAAAGAGCUCCAAGUAACUAAAUAUGA